AUCAGGGUCCUGUCCAACCCAGAUCGCCGGCGCGCAGUGCGUCCAGGAGGACUCAUCUCCUCCGACCCCGGCGAUCGUCGGCGUCACCCAGCCCUGCCUCGCACGAAGAAAAUUAUAGGCGGAUCCCGGCCCCCACGGCCAGCCAACACUCGUCUCGAUCGCCAGGUAUGGCUUGUGCAGCCAUCUGAGCUUCGGGAUGGCCUCGAAAGCCGUAAGGAGGAGGCCUGCCGAUAAAGGGAGCGACAAGCUUAUGGAGACGACGACGACGCCGGAUUCUGUCACGGAGCCUCUUCUAGGAAAUACUGCUCAGGGGAGCAAAUCGGAGGGAUAUAAUAAGCCUACGAUACGACCGGAUCUCUGGGAUGGAAAAACUCACCAGUGCAUUCAUUGGGCGCAUAUUUUGUCUGAUUUUAUUGCUCAGUCUGCAAAAAGGAUAGUAAAUGCUAUUUCUCAGUUUGGGUCGUUGCUAGCAAGGUUGUUUGGGUGCUCCUGUGCUCCUCAAAGUUCACAACAUGGACAGACGAUGCUAGUUAAUCUCAGCCCGUUACAGGAAGAACGAUUAAAAUUCUUGAGGCAAAGAUCAAAUGUGCCAUUUGAUUGCAACAACGUCCAGCACCAGGAUGCUCUGAAGGAACUUUGGAAGUUGGCCUAUCCCGAUCGACAACUUCCUCCCCUAAAAUCAGAUCUCUGGAAGGAGAUGGGCUGGCAGAACUCUGAUCCAUCAACAGAUUUUAGGGCAGGGGGGUUCAUGUCCUUGGAGAAUCUAAUAUAUUUCGCUAGAAAUUACCCAAAUUCCUUUCAUAGGCUAUUAUAUAAGGCGGAUGGUGAGAGAGCUGAAUGGGAAUAUCCCUUUGCAGUAGCUGGUGUGAACAUAUCUUAUACGUUAGCUCAAACACUGGUUUUGCAAUCAGGAAAUAGGAGUUCCAAAGCAAGAGUUUGCUUUGCCCAGCUACUUGAAGAUGACGACAUGGCUUUUGAUAACCUUUUCUGCGUAGCUUUUCAGAUGCUUGAUGCUCAGUGGCUUGCAAGGAGAGCUAGUUAUAUGGAAUUCAACGAAGUUCUGAAGUCCACAAUAGUUCAGUUAGAGCAAGAGCUUACAAGUGAAGGCAUUUCAAGCGUUCAGAACAUGCCAUCAUUCAGGAUGUUAAAGCGGUAGUACUGUUUGCUGUUCUACAGAAAAAAAGGAAGAGCUCUUACCUGUUAGUAUGUUGUUAUAUAUGGUCCAUUCUUUUAUUGGUUGUUCAAGAUACUAGAUUGUGUAAGAUUACUGGUCAUAACAGAAAGUAUCCGGUUCAUACCUAUUAUGUAAUACAUUGAAAUGACACUUACUCUGUCAGGUUUUGACGUUAAACUUUGGGGGUAACACAGUACUAUUGUAA